AUGGAGAAAGUGGACCGUUACCAACCAACCAGUCAGAACGACAACACUGUACAUGUUCUGCUAGCCUUCAACACUCACCUUCCGCCAGAUGGCCGAGUCAAUUUUGUGCCGAUCUCCAGUCUUUGCAAACAAACCAAGAAAUUUACGAUCAUGCUGAGUCCUUGGUCAACGGUCUGCUUGUCCCAAUACCGAACCUCCCCUCGACGCCUACUAUAUCCCCACGUGCUGGCAUGGAAGACUGUUCAGUCCACGGGGCCGUUGAUGAGAGAACCCCGUCUGAAGGAAGAUUGCCUCAAGCGCGAUGGCAAGAUAUGA